UCUUGAUUGUAAACCAAACUACUCCUAAAUACGAACCCUAUUUUUUUCUUCUUCUCGAGAUCUGUUCUUGCUAUGGGUGACUGCAUACCAGGACUACAAAAGGAAAACAAACCUAAGACGCAGUUGUUGGAAUAUGCGUCUUUAAAAAAACACAAAAUAAUAGACCUUCCUAAAAAUGCUGGUAAUUCAAUCAGACUUGACUAAAAUAUUCGAAUUUUUUUUCCUCUGGUCGAUUUUCAAAAUCGCGAAGCAACUGCAAGAUGUGUACUUUAAGCUUACUAUUUUUUAUCGGAAUAUUAUUGAUUUAUGUUGGAGCACAACGACCAGAUAUUGUGGAUGAAAUUUUACCCGAGGUAAAACAGAAGACCCAGAAAGGGUAUUUGAACUGUACCGUGGUGAACAAAGGUUCUGAGUCUGUGGUGCAGUGGUCCAAAGUGGAAACGGUAAAUGGUGGAAAUCCUAUUUUGCUCAGUGAAGAUGACAAAAUUGUGUAUCAAGGUAAUACUGUGAUAAAUGAGGAUUCGGGGCUGCGUAAAUAUGAUAUGGAGAGUCGUAUAAAUGGACGGAGAGUCACGUACAUGUUGGUGAUUCGAUAUUUAACAGAGGAGGAUGUUGGCGAUUAUUUGUGCACGAUAAGAAUUCAAGGAGUACAGUGGCCGGAAUGGCCAAAGAAGAUCGGAAAAUUAACAGUACAAACUGCUCCGCAGAUCCAGCCCAGUAUAAACUCCAUUUAUGAAAAAGAAAUUGGAUCUUCUCUUCAGCUGACAUGCGAGUCCCAUGGCAACCCCUACCCAAACAUAACCUGGAAGAGAGAGGACGGUCAGGAACUACCUACUGGAGGGUUUCAGUCAAGGGGGGCAACGUUAAAUCUGACUGAUAUUCAGAGAAAUGACAGAGGGAACUACAUCUGUGUAGCUGACAAUAAUGUAAAACCCCCUGACAGCUUCAAAGUGGAGGUCAUCGUCUUUUUUCAGCCCUCAUGUAGGCCUGUGCAAUCAGCGGUGGGUCAGGCUAAGAACAGAAGGUUUAAUGCUAAACUGGAGUGUAUUGUUGCAGGUUAUCCUCAACCAAGUAUGAAAUGGAUGAAAGAAACAGAGAAUGGAAAACUCAUUGAAAUAGAUGAUGAUGACAAAUAUGAUAUCACCAAGCAGUUUAGCAGCCAGCUACAGAAUGAUGAGUUUUGGUACACACUCUUGGUGAAGAACGUUCAGGCCACAGACUACACAAACUACUAUUGUGUGGGUACCAAUAAAUAUGGUGACGGAGAAACAACCAUUUCUUUAUUUGAAACGAGGCAGUGCCAGGGACUUCUCUGUCCUUAUUUGACUGCUCCUCAGAUCCAGCCCAAUAUCACCUCCAUUUAUGAAAAAGAAAUUGGAUCUUCUCUGCAGUUGACAUGCGAGGCUCACGGCAACCCCUACCCAAACAUAACCUGGAAGAGAGAAAACGGGGAGGAAUUAUCUACUGGGGUGUUCCAGUCAAGGUUAAAUCUGACUGAUAUUCAGAGACAUGACAGAGGGAACUACAUCUGUGAAGCUGACAAUAAUGUAGAACCCCCAGACACCUUCAAAGUGGAGCUCAUCGUCUUUUUGAAGCCCUCAUGUAGGUCUGUACAAUCAAUGAUAGGUCAGGCUAAGAACAGAACGUUUAAUGCUACACUGGAGUGUAUAGUUGCAGGUUAUCCUCAACCAAGUGCGAAAUGGAUGAAAGAGUCAGAGAAUGGAACACUUACUGAAAUAGAUGAUGACGAUAAAUAUGACAUCACCAAGCAGUUUAGCAGUCUGCUGCAAAACUAUGAGUUUUUAUACACACUCUUGGUAAAGUACGUUCAGGCCACAUACUACACAAACUACUAUUGUGUGGGUACCAAUGAAUAUGGUGAAGGAAAAACAACCAUUGUCUUAUUUGAGACGAUGGAGUGUCAGGGAUUUAACUGUCCUUACUUGGAUGAAAUUUUACCUGAAAUGAAGCAGAAAGGUGAAACCGGCUAUUUGAACUGCACAGUGCUGAAGAAUAGAUAUUGUAACGUUGUGCAAUGGUCAAAAGCUAGGGUAAAUGAAACUGGAAAUCCGGUACUGAUAAGUGAGAAUGAAACGAUUAUUGAUCAAGAGAUGUUAUCAAGUGAGAAAGCAGGACUGGGAAAAUACGAUGUUCAGACUCUUACAAACGAGAACAAAAUUUCAUAUAUGUUGUUGAUUCGAAAUAUAUCAGAAGUGGAUGGUGGAGAAUACUAUUGCAGUCUGACACCUGAAGGACAAUCCAAUUAUAUAUGCGAUCAGAAGACUGGUAUUUUAUACGUCAAUGAGACUUUGUAUUGUCAAGGAACUGACUGUCCAAGUUCUUCCGGACCACAGAUGGAGCAUUUCAUGGCCUUCUUGACGUUAUUUCUCCUCUGCCUGAAACAUUGUAUCACUUGAUCACGGAGGAAGACCUGUCCAUUAAGUCAAAGACACUGGAAAUGUACUUGUUUAAAUUUCGUAUGAGUAAUUAUAUUUGAAAACCGUUAACAGUGAAAAAAAUGUAGAGGAGCUUCUGGAGUAUAUUACGAUUUACAACUGCAUUAAUCAUUGAUUCAACUGAAAUCAUUCAUUCUUAGUCUUCGAGUUAAAUUGUGGUGUUUUGUGAACUUAAUUUUUUUUUUUAAAUCUGUAAUUGUAUUAUAAAAGCGUUCAUUUUUCCACAUAGUAAUCAUUUUGGUCAUGUACCGAGAUGUUUUAUCAAAUCAUAUGCUUUGCGCGGAUCUAGAAAAUUUUCCAGGGGAAUCAUUUUCCUCAAUGAUUCGAGUACAAGUAUAUAUUCUGUAUAGCUGCUUGGUCCGAUUUUAUAUCAAACUGAAUAUUUUUUUUUUAAAUACAUGUAUUCAUUUACAUGUUCAUGAAAUGUGUUACAAUGAAAUUAAACAUCUCAGGUGAUAAUUACAGGUAGUAAGUCUAAAACAGACUAUACACCAUCUUUACUAGCUAAGAGUUUACGAUCCAUUCUGUUCCUAUACUGUAGAGGAAAAGAGUCACAGAUAUACACAUAUGACCUCUCAGGUGUGAAAAUCCUAAUUUUAGCUAGCUGGAAAAAAGAAAAUAAAAAUUUUAAUGCUUGUCUAGGUUUGAAUAAACCAUUUUUUUAAAAUGCAUAUACAUAGACAAAGCUUUGCUACUUACAUUUGUUAUGCCUAUGAAUAAACGUAUGAAUUUUUACCUUGUAUAUGCCUCUUCCAAGAUAAUCAUUAUGUAUUGAAAACAACUUUUUUCACUGCCUUACUCUCACAUUGCAAUUUCAGGAAAUCGAAAUAAUGUUUAUUUGUUUGGUUUUUAAUUUUUUUAACAUAAAUAAUUGCAAAUUAUAAUAAACAUGACAUUAAAAAGGUUUGAACAAAAUGUCCGACUUGCGAA